UUCUUUAAGAGCAUUAUAUUUUAGUACACGUUCUUUUUUAUUUCUCUCUCUCUCUCUUUUCUUUAUAAGCUUAUAUUCAAGAAAAGAAAAUGUCGUUUACACCAGACUUGACUCUUGGUUUACCUAAAGCCGGUAAACGUAAACCUGGACUUCGUCUGACUUCUAAACAUCUUCAGCCUGCAUCUUCGUCUCCUUCACCCAACUCUUCUUCUUACAUUGGUACAUCUCAAUCCAAUACUCGAUUCCGAGAACAAAUCGGCAACAUUGUUAACGGAAGCAACGAAAAUUACGAUAGUAGCAACCCAGCAGAAGAAGAGGAAACUUCGUUGGCCGCUUCUUAUCUGGCCGCUUCCACCACUACAGCAACUGACGUUAAAAACAAUGAUAUCCCAGUUUUGCGUGAACCUCCACUUCCUCCCUCUAUCAACACACAACGUGUCGAACCAACAACAACGCAUACUUUUAUGGAAAUUAAUGCUGAAGACCUCGAAACUCUAUCCAGGUUAGGCGAAGGUGCGGCUGGUACCGUACGUAAAGUAUUGCAUAAGCCUACUCAACUGAUUAUGGCAAAAAAGUCUAUUUCAACCGAACCUGAUCCAGCUGUUCAACGACAAAUCUUACGUGAAUUAGCCUUCUUAAAGACCUGUGAUUCGCCAUAUAUUGUUUCGUUUUACGGUGCUUUCCUUGAUGACGGUGAUACGACGGUUGCAUUGUGUAUGGAAUACUGUGAAGCUGGUAGUUUAGAAGAUAUUUACAAACGAGCAAGAGAUUUAGGUGGCGUCAUCGGCGAGCCCGUUUUGGAACGCAUCGCGGAAUCCGUUUGUAAAGGAUUGGUGUAUUUACAUUCAAAGAAAGUAAUUCAUAGAGACAUCAAACCUUCCAAUAUAGUUGUGACACGAAAGGGAGAUAUUAAACUUUGUGAUUUUGGAGUAUCAGGCGUUUUGAUCAACUCGGUUGCACAGACAUUCACAGGCACUCAAUAUUACAUGGCUCCUGAGCGUAUUCAGGGUAAUGCUUAUGCUGUACAAUCCGAUAUCUGGUCACUUGGUCUUACCUUAAUUGAGGUCUCACAAAACCGACCCGCUUUACCCCCACCAGAUCAACCUCAUCUUUCAAUUUUUGAAUUGCUCGAUUUCAUUGUUCGUCAACCCGUACCCGAAAUUCAAGGAAACCAUAUUUCGGACGAAUGUAAAAACUUUGUUGCUAUCUGUUUGACCAAGGAUCCAACAUAUAGACCCAACCCUGCACGUAUGCUACAACAUCCUUUUAUCACCAAAUGGGAACAUGUUCACAUGGAUUUAGGACAAUGGGUCAAGGAAGUCUGGGGAUGGCAAUAAUGUGUAAUUAAAAAAAAAAAAAAAAAAAAGAAAGAAAAAAAAUCAUGGAUUCUAUUUAUUAUUAUGUGAUUAUUUAUUAAAAACAAG